UGUAUGAAAAAUGGCGGCGAAAAUUGAUUCAAAGGGGAAACAAAACGAUGAGGUUUUCAACACCAACAAAUCGUGCUGGCGACUGAAACGAUAUGGACGGUUUUUACCCCCGACUUCCAAAUGCGACAGGACCUCCUCCUGGAAGGUCUUUGAGCCCAGUGACACUGCAGGGCAUCUGGCGUUAACCAUUGUGCAGUCAGGACACCUGCUUGUUUCCCAAGACCAGGAACUUUUGGAAGGCUUCUCCCUGAUCGGCGCUCCGAGCUUCCUGAAAGUGCAGCGGAAGUCCGACAUCCUGCUGUUCCGCAUGAUGGCCAAGGGGGAGAGCCGCAUGUUCAGGCUGCAGUUCGAGGGCUCCAGCAGGGAGGAGGCGCUGGAGGAGUGCGCCAGCGCGGCGCGGAGGCUCCAGGAGUACCUGCCCGUCGGCGCGCCGCAGACGAACCCGCCUCCCAGCGCCCAGGAGCACGGGACAUCCAUGGAGGAGACAUCUGAUGACGUACCUGGAGUCAAACAAGACUCAGUAUCUGUGAGAGAGCUUGUGCAGUCUUUCCUGGGGCAGCCUGGCUCCUCCCUGCCUCUGGCGUACUGCCACUCUGCCCUACCGAGCCAGGAGCUGGGGCCCUUCCUCCGACUCUGCCUCCUGGACCACAGCUUCCCAGCACUGGUGGAGGAGGUGGAGAAUGAGCUGAAGAAACUGGCCCAGGACUAGGACAGCGAGCCAAUCAGGCGCCCAAGCUGGAUGAAAUGGAACUGGCAGGUGGUACGGGAGGCUGUCCUCUGGUUUUGUUGCCGUGGCUAAUUUAGAGAUAUUCAAGGUUUGGUAACACACCUGCCUUGGUCUAAACUUAGUCCUUGAUUUUGGCUCACAAUCAGAGACUUUUUCUUUGCUUUUUUUUGCUGACACAGUUUGGCAAUUUCACUGAUCACCAAAAUUAAUUUUUUAAAAUUGUGUUGGAAAAUACUCUUUAAAAUGACGUUUGCUGUUUGUUGUUUUUAUCCAUCUUUAUAAUAUUUCUGAAAAGAAACGAGACACAUUGGUACUUUGGAGUGGUUUAUUCUUAAAAAUGAUUGGUUUCACAUGUUCUUUGUGGCCUUUUACUCCCUCCUGCUGUCCACCCUAAUGUAGGUCAAUUUCCAUUGCAACACACUUAUACAUGGUAUUUAUAGAGAAGUCAUGCAGCUACAGAAGUGUAUUAUAGUACACCAGUUUUGUAAAGUGAUCCCACAACAUUAAAGCUUUAUUAUUGAGAAAAUCAAACUGCUCUCGCCUUGAAAUUUGAAUAGGCCUAUAUGAGUAAAUAUUGCAUAGGAUAUUAGCCAUGCUUUAUAAUAUUUUCAAUGCAAUAAAAAUAAAAAAUGUAGAGAAUGUGCGUUAUAAAAUAAAGUUUAUACAGACUUGCUAUAAUAAUUAACACUUAUUUGUAAUAUGUACAAGACAUCUAAUUGCACCAUUUAAUUGCUGUUUUCAGUACUUGAUAUAUAGUACAUUUUCUUCAUUCAUUUCUCCUUGAUUAAAUACUUUGGACACC